AUGCCAACUAUUAAACAACUUAUUAGAAAUACAAGACAGCCCGUUCGAAAUGUCACGAAAUCCCCCGCUCUUCGGGGAUGUCCUCAGCGCCGAGGAACAUGUACUAGGGUAGUUAAACGCGGAUAUAUAGCCCGGAAACGUAGAACAAAAAUUCGUUUAUUUGCAUCAAGUUUUCGAGGGUCUCAUUCAAGACUUACUCGAACUAUUACUCAACAGAAAAUAAGAGCUUUGGUUUCGGCUCAUCGGGAUAGGGAUAAGCAAAGAGAAAUUUUCGUCGUUUGUGGAUCACUCGGAUAA